GUCCGCCAUUGUCGCGUCUUUCGUCCAAUAAAAGUGUGAAAAUCGUGGAACAUAAAACGCUUUCAAAUUGUGCAAAUAGAUAGUAUUUUUAGGGGCUGUCCAGUGCAAAGCGAAGUACAAACGAAACUUAACGAAAUGGCCUCGCCCUCGCCGGCGAACAGUCCGAUGCCACCUCCACAAGCGCCCAGCCCCAUGGCGCCUCCUUCGCAAAGUCCAGCGCCCUCGCCGCACAGUCCCUAUCCGCACCAGCCGCCUCAGGGACCGCCGCAGGGACCACCGCCUGGUGCGCCGCAUAUGCAAGGUCCACCGCCGCCGGGUCAUCCAGCCGGACCCUACGGACAUCCCAUGCAGCAUGGACCACCUGGACAGGGCCCACCGGGUCAUCAUAUGCCGCCACAUCAUCAGGGCAUGACGCCGCAUAUGGGAAUGCAAAUGCCGCCAAGCGGACCGAAUAUGUCACCGAUUGGAUAUCAAACACAUGGCAUGCCGCCCAAUUAUGCAUUUUCAUUGCAGGCACCCGCACAGCCUGGUCAGGGACCGCCUGGAGGACCACCCGGUGGAGGACCGCCGGAACGUUCCGGGCAGGAGAAUCUGCAUGCUCUGCAGCGGGCCAUUGACUCGAUGGAGGAGAAGGGAUUGCAGGAGGAUCCACGUUACUCGCAGCUGCUGGCCAUGCGUGCCACAUCGAAGCAUCAGCAUCUGAAUGGGAAUCAGGUGAAUCUGCUGCGCACACAGAUCACAGCCUAUCGAAUGCUGGCACGCAACAAACCCAUCUCCAUGCAGAUGCAACAGGCGCUGCAAGCGUUGCAAGUGGCCCAUCAGCAGCAGCAACAACAACAACAGCCGCCGCCUCCUCAAAUUGGACCACCGGGAAUGCCUGGAGGACCACCACCAGGUGGACAGCAUGCAGGACAACCGCCAAUGCAGCCACAACAGCCGCCGGUAACAGGAACACCACCACAAUGUUCCACGCCGCCGGCGAGUCCAUAUGGUCCGCCUGUGCCGGGCCAGAAAUUGCAGCCGGCGCCACCACCUCAUAUGCAAGGACAACCGCUGCAGCCACAACCACCACUUAUAGGUGGAGCACCAUUGCCACCACAACAACAACAGCAGCAACAACAGCAGCAACAACAACAACAACAACAACAACAACAACAAAUACAGCAGCAGCAGCAGGCACAGCAGCAGCAACAACAACCGCUGCAGCAAACGCCAGAGCAACUGCAGCAUCAGAUUCCCAAUGGCGGCAAACCUCUGGCCAUGGGUCCCGUUGGUGGUCCUCCUUUGAUUCCUCCCACGCCCAUGCAACCACAAGGCGUGCGUCCAGCGGCUCCCGGCCUGCCGGGCAGUCAAGUGGCACCACCGGGACCACCACGACCUGGUGCACCGCCUGGCCAACAGCAGCCGAUGGCAAAGCCGAAUCGUGUGACUACCGUGGCCAAACCGGUGGGUCUUGAUCCAAUAACGUUGCUGCAGGAGCGGGAGAAUCGCAUUGCCGCACGCAUCUCGUUGCGUAUGCAGGAGUUGCAGCGACUGCCGGCCACCAUGUCCGAGGAUCUGCGUCUGCAGGCGGCCAUUGAGUUGCGUGCGCUGCGCGUCCUGAAUUUCCAGCGGCAGCUGCGCAUGGAGAUUGUGCAGUGCACACGACGGGACACAACGUUGGAGACGGCCAUUAACAUGAAGUUGUACAAGCGCACGAAGCGUCAAGGAUUGCGCGAGGCACGAGCCACCGAGAAGCUAGAGAAGCAACAGAAACUGGAGGCAGAGCGCAAGCGAAGGCAGAAGCAUCUGGAAUUCCUUGCUGCAGUGCUGCAGCAUGGCAAGGAUCUGCGGGAAUAUCAUCGCAACAACAAGGCACAGCUAGCACGCAUGAACAAGGCCGUGAUGAACUAUCAUGCGAAUGCGGAGCGGGAACAGAAGAAGGAACAGGAGCGCAUUGAGAAGGAGCGUAUGCGUCGUCUGAUGGCCGAGGAUGAGGAAGGUUAUCGCAAGCUCAUCGAUCAGAAGAAGGACAAACGUUUGGCAUUCCUUCUCUCGCAGACGGACGAGUACAUUAGCAAUCUCACCCAGAUGGUUAAACAGCACAAGGAUGAUCAGAUGAAGAAGAAGGAGGAGGAGGGCAAACGUCUGCAGCAGUACAAGAAGGAGCUCCUCAUGAGCGGAGAAUACGUGAACGUGGAUGAGAGCAGCAUUGCGGCCGAUAUGCAUGUCAUCGUUGUGGAGCAAUGCAGUGGCAAGAAGUUAACUGGAGAUGAUGCACCCAUGUUGAAGCAUUUGCAUCGCUGGCUUAACAUGCAUCCCGGCUGGGAUUGGAUAGACGAUGAUGAUGAUGAUAGCGAGGAGACGCCCGAAAAGAAAACAAAACCAAAGCUCGAGGAGCUGCCACAAACGGAACGCAAUGCCGCCGCCGUUGAGGGAUCGGAGGAUACCACGGACAAGUCCGCACAGCCAGGCGAUGCCCAAUCCAAUGAUUUGAUUACCCAAGUCAAGGUGGAGGAUGAUGAGUAUCGUACGGAGGAGCAAACAUAUUACAGCAUUGCCCACACCGUGCACGAGAAGGUCACGGAGCAGGCCAGCAUUAUGGUCAAUGGCCAGCUGAAGGAGUAUCAACUGAAGGGUCUCGAGUGGCUCGUCUCGCUCUACAACAACAAUCUGAAUGGCAUUCUGGCCGAUGAGAUGGGUCUGGGCAAGACCAUUCAGACCAUUUCAUUGGUCACCUAUCUAAUGGAUCGCAAAAAGGUCAUGGGUCCAUAUCUAAUCAUUGUCCCGCUCUCCACGCUGCCCAAUUGGGUGCUGGAGUUUGAGAAGUGGGCGCCCUCCGUGGGCGUGGUCAGCUACAAGGGAAGUCCACAGGGUCGUCGCCUCUUGCAGAAUCAAAUGCGUGCCACAAAAUUCAAUGUGCUGCUCACCACAUACGAGUAUGUCAUCAAGGAUAAAGCGGUGCUGGCCAAAAUCCAAUGGAAGUACAUGAUCAUCGAUGAGGGACAUCGCAUGAAGAAUCAUCACUGCAAAUUGACGCAGGUGCUCAACACACACUACAUUGCACCAUAUCGAUUGCUCCUUACGGGAACUCCGCUGCAGAAUAAACUACCAGAGCUCUGGGCGCUGCUUAACUUUUUGCUGCCCUCCAUUUUCAAGUCGUGCUCCACGUUUGAACAGUGGUUCAAUGCCCCCUUCGCCACCACCGGCGAGAAGGUUGAGCUAAAUGAGGAGGAAACCAUUUUGAUUAUUCGACGUCUGCACAAGGUGUUGCGUCCCUUCCUCCUGCGUCGCCUCAAAAAGGAGGUGGAGCAUCAGCUGCCCGACAAGGUCGAGUACAUUAUCAAGUGUGACAUGUCGGCACUGCAGCGUGUGCUCUACAAGCACAUGCAGAGCAAGGGCGUCCUGCUCACCGAUGGCUCCGAGAAGGGCAAACAUGGCAAGGGAGGCGCCAAGGCUCUCAUGAACACCAUUGUCCAGCUGCGCAAGCUCUGCAACCAUCCGUUUAUGUUCCAAGCCAUUGAGGAGAAGUACUGCGAUCAUACUGGCGGACAUGGUGUGGUGUCUGGUCCUGAUCUUUAUCGUGUGUCGGGUAAAUUUGAGCUCUUGGAUCGCAUCUUGCCCAAGCUGAAGGCCACCAAUCAUCGUGUGUUGCUUUUCUGUCAGAUGACGCAGUGUAUGACCAUCAUUGAGGAUUAUCUUGGCUGGCGCCAGUUUGGCUAUUUGCGACUCGAUGGCACCACCAAGGCCGAGGAUCGUGGCGAGCUCUUGCGUAAAUUCAAUGCCAAGGGCUCGGAUUACUUUGUCUUCUUGCUAUCGACACGUGCCGGCGGUCUCGGUCUCAACUUGCAGACAGCCGAUACGGUGGUCAUAUUCGAUUCUGAUUGGAAUCCCCAUCAGGAUCUGCAGGCCCAGGAUCGUGCGCAUCGUAUAGGGCAGCGUAAUGAGGUGCGUGUGCUGCGUCUUAUGACGGUCAACUCUGUGGAGGAGCGUAUUCUCGCCGCGGCACGAUACAAGCUCAACAUGGACGAGAAGGUUAUCCAGGCAGGCAUGUUCGAUCAGAAGUCGACGGGCAGCGAGCGUCAGCAGUUCCUGCAAACGAUUUUGCAUCAGGACGACAACGAGGAGGAGGAGGAGAACGAGGUGCCCGAUGAUGAGAUGAUAAAUUUGAUGAUAGCGCGCAGCGAAGAAGAGAUUGAGAUCUUUAAGAAAAUGGAUAUUGACCGCAAGAAAGAGGAUGAAGACAUUCAUCCGGGCAGAGAACGUUUAAUUGAUGAAUCCGAGCUGCCCGACUGGCUAACCAAGGAUGAUGACGAAGUGGAGCGUUUUCAUUACCAAUACGAUGAGGAUACUAUAUUGGGACGCGGAUCACGUCAGCGCAAGGAGGUGGAUUACACGGACAGUCUUACGGAGAAGGAAUGGCUGAAAGCCAUCGAUGAUGGAGCCGAAUUUGAAGAAGAGGAGGAAGAGGAUAACGACCCGAAGCGCAAGCGUCGCAAGCGCAAGAAUCGCAAAGAUGAAUCCGAUGAUGAUUCACUCAUAUUGAAGCGCAGACGACGUCAGAAUCUGGAUAAGCGUUCCAAGAAGCAAAUGCACAAGAUCAUGAGCGCUGUCAUCAAGCACACACAAGAUGGACGCACGCUCUCCGAGCCUUUUAUGAAGCUGCCAUCGCGCCAGAGGCUUCCCGAUUACUAUGAUGUGAUCAAGCGCCCAGUGGACAUUAAGAAGAUCCUGCAGCGCAUUGAGGAUUGCAAAUAUGCCGAUCUCAAUGAGCUGGAAAAGGACUUUACUCAACUCUGUCAGAAUGCGCAGAUCUACAAUGAGGAGGCAUCGUUAAUAUAUCUGGAUUCCAUAGCAUUGCAAAAGGUGUUUGUUGGUGCAAGGCAAAGGAUAACUGCGGCAGCGGAUGCAACGGCUGUCGCUGCUGGCGACAACACGGGUGACGCUCAUGGCAAUGGCGGUGGUUCGGAUAACUCGGAUAAUGAUGAAGAUGACGGCGAUGAUGGCUCGGAUGAUGAGGAAAUUGCAACCACAUCGGCGGCAGCAGUUAAAAUGAAGCUAAAGCUUAACAAAUCAUUAGCCAGUGCACCGGCUACGCCCACGCAAUCCUCGACAGCGGCGUCGGUGGCAAGCAGCGGGGCAGCGACCACAUCCAAGAAACAGACGCGUCGCAAGCGCUCACAAAAGAAGUACACCAUAUCCGAUGAUGAUGACGAUGACAUGGACUAGCUACCAUUGGGCAUCAUCUUCAAGCGAGCGUCGAACGGUGCAACUAAUGAAUGCAACUAACAAUAAGUUAUUUACACUUAAAUUAAGUGGCAGUUAAGUUUAGUUUCUCUUCAAUCCAAUACCCCAACUCCCUCCCCUUCUCCCUUCCCCCAGUCCCCAGCAGAAUUGCAAUAAUGAAACUUUCAACAGUUUUUUCCGCACAUACUAUAAUACAAAAACUCAAUGAUAUAUACAUAUAUAUUAAAAGAAAAUAAUUUUUAAAUAAAUCUAUACAUACUAGCAGUCUGUCACAACUAAACCAGACUGUCUUUAUGCAAAAAAGCAAAUGGAAUUUAUAAAUAUAUAUACAAUAUAUAUAGA